GAGUUAUUGAUGCCGUGAUUGUAAGGACUGAUAUCUUUAAAGUAAUGGCAAACUCCUUCUCUUCUUGACUUUUCUCACUUUCAAACGCCUUCACAUAUUUUGGUAAAUGUUUUGUUAUUUAGUGUUCAAACUGCCGGUGCAAUAACCACUGGUUUUCAAUCAUUGGGUCCCACAAAGAGGCACAAGAAGUGAGGGGCAAAAGGCAUGAUUGCAACGCUUUUAAUGCCAAUGGCAUGCAAUACAUACACAUGAAAUAUACGCACAUAAAGGCGCUUAACAUACCUGUCUAAUGGGUGUGCCACUCAACCACUCAGGUAAUACUAGCUAUAGUCGGCACAGGUAUGACGAGUCUGACUUCAAGUCUAUGGGUGUGAGUGCCUCUCAUUCGCAUCCAUAUACCUGAGCCUUCAGUGAACAAAAUCGCAAAGUUUUCAGUUUAUUUUGGAAAAGCAAAUGUGUUUUAGUUGUUGUAAUUCUGUGUAAGUGUUGUCCAAACGGGACAUAAAUGCCAUACAAGUUGUUGUUGUCUUGUCUUAUAAUAACAAGAAUAUAGCCCUCAAACCAACUAUACGUUACAUAAGAAACAACUUUAAGGAGAAACGAUUCAUACAUUGCUUAAGGGAUACGGACUUUGAAGACUAUAGUCUUAGAAGUGUUGUGUUGAAAGCUAAGAGAAAUUCCUUCAAAUUGUGACCAAAAUAUGGUUUUAAUUUUGUUUAUACUUUGUUUGUUUGUUGUGUUGAGUGAUUGUCAACAAAACCCAACCAUCAGUUUCAUCACAAAAGAGCGUAUUGUCAAUAUUGGUGACACUAUAGACCUGUCCUGUUCCGUACAGUACGCCCGCGACUAUCCGGUCAUUUGGGCCAAAAUCAAUAGAGACAAUCCCGUCAACCAUUUGUUCAUCUCCAAGGGCUCAUCCCUUUCCAUACCAGACAAUCGAUACUCCAUCAGACACGAUGAUGCCAGCAGUACUUACACACUACAGAUAUCAAAGAUCCAGGAGAUCGACGCCGGACACUACCAGUGCCAGGUUGUCAUCGGCACAUCCAGUCGCGUCACUGCAGACGUCAAUGUAUAUGUAAGGAUACCUCCAGUGAUCAGUGACAACAGCACCCGAUCGGUCAUUACAUCUGCCGGCGCCUCCAUAUCUUUACAAUGCUAUUCAUUUGGUUACCCACAGCCAAGCAUUAGUUGGCGGCGAGAGAACAACGACUUGUUGCCCACUGGAGGCGCCCUUUACAGAGGAAACAUAUUAAUAAUACACAACAUUACCAAAAAUGAUCGGGGUACUUACUAUUGUAUUGCUGAUAAUAAUGUUGGUAAAGGUGCCCGAAGGAAUGUAGGCGUCGAAGUGGAGUUCCCGCCGUCGGUUACUAUUGAUCGGCCCCGAUAUGAACAGGCACUUCAAUACGACGCUGAUCUUCACUGUCAUAUUGAAAGCUUUCCCACUCCUAGUAUUAUAUGGCUUAAAGAUGGGUAUGAAUUGAAGGACAGUCAACACCACCACAUCUCCAUAUUUUCGACGUCUCACGAGUUCACCGAUUCUGUGCUUCGCGUCAAACGUAUUGAGAAACGACAUUAUGGAGAGUAUGUCUGUAAAGCAAUCAAUAAGUUAGGAACAGAUCAGAAAGUGAUUCAAUUGCGUGAAUCGGUUAAUCCUAUGUGUCCACCGAGUUGUGGUAUCGGAUACGCCGGCUUUAUUGGUGCGGCCAGUCAUCCAUACAUUACUAACUUUAAUAUCAUGUGUUUAUUACUAAUUAGUUUAUUAGUGUCUUACAAGUUAUCGACUCAACACAUGUGAAAAUUAUACAAAUAAUAAAACAAAACAUUUUUGUAAAUUACAUUUUAUUA